AUGGAGCUCCAUCAAGGCCCCAUGGAAAGUGAUUGGAGACAGUAUUUCUGCCAUCAGCCUCCAGUGGAGUUUGACACAACUUCAAACCUUCUUCGUCUCUGCAGUGAGUUAAAAAGCAGCUCUAUGACGCAGGAGGGAAACUCAGACCCAUACAGCAGCAUCUGGACACAGACAGAGCAACCAAACACAGAGAGUUGUUACAAUCGCUCGUAUGCCCUGGAUGCAAGGAUCAGACUGGAUAACUUGAAAGCAGGGUGCGAUCCAUCACAGUCUUCUGCUGCUGCGAAUGGGAUGUUGUACAACUAUAAUCGUCAAAAGGAUGCGUGGAAGAAGGGAGAGCCACAGGAACAAGAGUCAGCUUUAGAUUUGGUAGAGCUCCUUGAUGUAGUGGAGGAUGUGAAGGAUGAAGAGAGCUGGCUAUAUGAGUCUCCAAAAAAGCAUCAAUUUGAGGAGAAAAGCGAGUCUGCUCUCACAUGGUGUCGACAAGUUCUGGAUAACCCGAGUCCUGAGGUAGAAGCGGCAUGUCGUCAACUGAUAAAUCGACUGGAUGAAAGAUCAGGCAGACACUCCUACAAAUGUCCAACGAUUUUCCAACAUACUGCUGAUGUCUUUGUGGGCAAAACACAGGAUACCUCUGACAGUCAAGAUAACAAUGGGCUGACUAUCUCCAACGGCUUCACCACAAGCUACAGACUGCAAAACAUCACAGAUGUGCGCACUAUGGCUCGUUUACAGGAAGCCAGUUUAAGGCAGGACUUUGUUUCCAUGCCAGUUACAGCAUCACCCAGGAGGGGCCCUGAGUCACCCAUGAUGAUUCCAUCUUACUGUAACACUGCGCUAGAAAAUACUGAUGACUUCACUCCAGGAACUAAACAGGACUGCCAAAGUCCAAAACUGGCCAGGAUUCAACAACAAGUCACCCAGUUUAAGCUGCUGAAGCUGGCUCAGAAUCAAGCAGCAUCCUCAGACAGAACCAGGUCACCUCUACGGACCAGCCUCCGCUCUCUGCAGGCUGUCAGGAACAGCCGAAGUUUAGACACCGAAGACUACCAACCUGCUGACCAAAUCAGUCAUCCACCAUCAGCACCCACAAACUCCAAUGGCUUGGUGAAGUCGAAGGGUGACAUCACAGCUCGGAUAAAGAAGCUCCAGAGAUCUCAGUCAGCCAGCCCCUGCAGGAUCCCUCACCCCUCUAAGGGAUACUUUCUGCUUCGCGGACGUGUUUUUGCCUCACCCGAGAGACCAGUGACUUUAGCCUGGGGCAGAAAUGUUCCAUCCACUCGAAGUUGA